AUGAGUGGGGCAUCCCGACUCUCGGCCUUCAUUCGCGGCAAGCGGCCCCGCAUCCCGGAGACAAACACCGGUCAACGGGACCGUUUGCUUGACGACUGGAUCAACGAAGAGGAUGGCAAUGAAGACAAAAAUGGAGAUGAGCAGCAAUACGAGAAUCCUUCGAAUUUCGAGUCCACCAGGUUUUACUCAUACACACGCUUCCCUGCCGACAAAAAGCCAACGAGAAGUCGGUGUUGUGGCAUCUUUCUCUUGGUGACGAUCUUGGUUCUCGGUGUUGCCUGGACCUACAGGUGGCAUAUAGAGACGGCUCGUCGCCAGAAAUGGACACCAGAUGCAGAAACAGAACGCUUCAGCCAUAAGCCAUUGCAGCUACCCGCCAAGAACAUUCAGAUCUCCAACUAUACGCUUCCACUGCGGACCAAGGGUCGCAAUAUCGUCGACGCCCGCGGUGAACGCUUCAAGCUGACUUCGGUGAACUGGUACGGAGCAAGCGAUGAGCUUUUUGUGGCAGGAGGGCUGGAUAUUCAACACCGCGAUGACAUUGCUCAGACUAUCAAGAGUCUCGGCUUUAACAGCGUCAGACUGCCUUAUGCUGACGAGCUGGUCAUCAAGAACCCAACCGUGGAUGCGAGGUACCUUCGUGCAAACUCGGACCUGGUAGGGCUGAAGGCCAUGGAUGUUUUCCACGCCGUCGUGGAGUCUCUGACCAAGGCGGGCAUUGCCGUGAUUGUUAAUAACCACAUUACGAGCGCUACAUGGUGCUGCGGUGCAGACCCAUGCGAUGCUGCCUGGGCCAACGAUUAUUUGGGACUGUUGUGCCCCGUGAAGCAGACUGAGGAGGAGUGGAUUCAGCACUGGGAAACCAUCAUGUUGCCCUAUGUGAACAACCCGCUCGUUAUUGGCGUUGACCUCCGGAAUGAGAUUCGUGGUCUCUGGGGAACGAUGCCAUGGCCCAAGUGGGCAACAGCCGCAGAGCAUUGUGGUAACAGGCUCCUUCGAAUGAACAAGAAUUGGCUUGUCAUCGUUGAAGGCACUGAAUCAUCCAACGACCUAUCACAUGUUGGAAAGCGUCCCAUCAAGCUUGACGUGGACCAUCGAGUAGUGUAUUCAGCACACGUCUACGCGUGGUCGGGCUGGGGCAGCUGGGAAGGACGAUUCCUUCUCCGCGAGUACGAGUCGUUUGCAAAGACCAUGCGGCAUAAUUGGGGGUAUAUCUUGGAUGAGGAGAUGGCGCCCGUCUGGGUCGGCGAGUUUGGCGCGCCAUCCAAGCCAUCAGUCGGCGACGCAAACUACUGGCAGCAUCUCAUGCGUUUCCUCCGAGAGCAGAACGCCGACUUCGGAUACUGGGCCCUCAACGCACGAAAGCCAAAGGGCAAUACGACCGAGACGUACGGGCUAUUGCAUGAUGACUGGGUGACGCCGGUGUUGGACUACCGAAUGAAGGACAUGCUAGAUCUGAUGGCGGCAUGA